GAAAGACUAAUUUAAGUCCUUGUUUCAGUUUUUCAUACUCACGUCAUGUUAUUUUUAGAAUCUCACCAGCAUUUUAUUUUCAUUUUAUCAAUUUUCGCUGUCAUUUACUCGACGUAUUCAAAAAAUAACAGCCGAUAUAUAUCAAGAUUAAAAAGAGAAUUAGAUCAUGACGAAAAUAGCGAAUAUUCAGCAGAUAAAAACAGUGAUAUCAGCUUACCAUCACGGCGAGCAAAUAUAAAUAAAAAUAUAAACAUAAACAAUAAUAAAAAUGUAUUCGUAAAAACGGGUAACUUUUUUCAAAUCGAACGUGACAAAUUAAAUUACGACAGCUUACACAGUAAUCCACUUAAAAAUACAUUAGAAAAAUUACGUGCUGCGGAUAUAAUACGUGACAAUGUUAUUUUUAUCAUGGGAUAUAUGUUGCAAUUGUCACCGGGAACUUUGUCAAUUGAGGAGUACACGUCACUUGAAUUAAUAAGUAAUGCAAUUAAACGUAAAAAUGUUUAUCUGUACGAUACUCUUCACAUAGUGACCGAAAUAAACGGCAAACAUAUACUGAAGCAAUUAUUAGAGUUUUUGAAAGCCGCAAAAAAAAAUUUUGCUUUUUUUAUCAAGUCAUCGGUUGAAUUUUGGAUCCGGUUGCUCGAAACCCGAGACAAUAAAAUAAUAUGGAAGCAAAUGGAUCAGGAUACAUUCAAUUUAGUGGCUGGUGUAUUCAAACAAACAGUUCAAUUAAUAGAUCGCGAUAAUAAUAAUGAGGAUAUAUCAAAAAAAUUGUGGAAUCUUCUGAGUCAUGAAGGAAAAAACGAACUAAUUAAAUAUGAUGUAACGAAUGAAAUAAUGGGGCCUGUUUAUGUUGCCCUGUUUUAUGGAAUAACUUCAAAAAGAAUCCCAUUAACUCAACAAUUAUUUGGCACGAUACUACGCGAUUUGCCAAAUGAAGACGCAGAUCCUAUUUUUGAUGAAUAUGUCAGUUAUAUAUCGCGCGAAAUUUGGAAAAACAAAAUAAAAAAAUGGGGAAAUUAUUUUUCAAAUAUAAAAGCGUACAAUCCUUACACGCUGGUAAUAAAUGUCGUUGAUAAAAUUUCUGCUGAUACGGAAGUACCGUUUAAAUUUAAAAAAUCGUUAUUAUACGUUCGCGAUCAUUUAAUAACCGGCGGUCGUGGAAUAAUAAAUCAUGAAAUUGAAAAUUCUUAUCGCAUUACAGAAAAUGGGUUAAAUGUUAAUCUAUUAUUUGAAUUAACAAUAUCAUGUGACUGUAAUAAUCGUAUUAUAGAUAUGAAAAAUGAAUUACAAAAAUAUUUAACGUCUAAUUUGGAUGAUGAUAUUUUUAUGGGUAUUAAUCGUUAUAAAUAUAAUAAUCCUCAUGAUUUAAUGCUUGGAUUUUUAUCACGAUUACAAAUGCGUUUAUCGUCAACUAAAUAUGAUAAAAAAAUAUUACGUAUUAUAUCAAUAUUACUGUCAUAUUUAUUUUAUCAACGUAAUUUACAUUAUUAUCAAAAGUUCAAAUCUAAUAUAUCAUUUUGGAUAAUUAUUGAUAUUAUUGAUAAUCCGAAUGCUAAUUCAACAAUAUCUCAAACAAUAGAAUCUAUUUUGACAGAUAUAAUGAGCGAUCUAAAAUCUUGGGACCGUAUUGAAAAUUUAGUUAUCAAGCCUUUAAUAACUACUGAAAAAAAUUAUCUGGAAUGUAAAACUUUGGACAUGUUAACUGAAUUAAAAGAUGUUGUUGAAGAUAAACACGUAUUUCCAUCAUUGCCAGCUAAAAUAACAAAAUUAAUUGCUGAUGUAAAGGCAGAGUUCAAUGACGAUGAUUCAGACAUGGACGGCAGUGAUCAACAAGAUGGUGGUUCUCCAGAAAAGAACAUGGCUGCUGAUCAUAACUCACGAGAAUCGAAACCGCCGGUACCAAAAUCUCCGUCAAUUUUAGGAUCAUUGAGGCCCCUUAUGAAUUUUGAAAACUUGUCACCGAUAUCGGCAAUGAAAUCAAUUUUUAAAAACUCUAUUAAGCCAAAUCUGAAACGUAUAAGACGUAUUCAGUCACGGAUUGAUUUACCAGAUGCCUCAUCAUUGGAGUCAUUAUCAAAAGUUACUCAAUUUGCACCCCACGAAUCAUUAGCUGAAGUAGGGGUCACUAAACCUGCAUUGGCUAUUUCGAUGAAACCGUCUAAUUCAAUGACUUCAUCAGUUAACAAACCGUUCGCCACAAAAUUACUAGAUUUACCAUCUAUCAGUGCAUUAUCAAAGAACUUAUCAACAUUACCACCCGCAGUCCAACCAAAUGAGUGUAUCGUAAUUACCACAAAUGUUGGAGAACUUAAAAUAUUGCCUACAGUAUUUACGCGAUCGAAUGAUUUGACGGAUGAUCCAGAUACCAUAGUAUUUCCGACAAUGGUUGAUCUCCAUGACCAGCCUGAUUACGAUCUCUUCGAACACGCCUCGGGUCAAUGUGUGCAGAAUCUUAAAAAAUUAGUGAUUCAACCAUUGGUUAACUUAUUUGGUGACAAGUACAUCGAAAUACUUCUGGGACGACAUUGGUCUCGUAGAUACUCUACAAGAUUAGCUGCUUUAGUUGCGUUGAUAAGAUCAGCACGAAAGCAUCAGCAAGUUGCAGAAAAUUAUAAGCUGAUGGAAAAUCUUGAUAACGUACUGGGUUCUCUUGAAAUUAUAGCUCCUUAUUUGUUUUUGCCAAUGCUUAUUAGAUGGAAGAAUUUCGACGGGAAAAUCGUUUGGUCGACUGUAAGUAUUGAUGAUUUAUCGGUAAGUAUUCUUGGACGUGAUCCACCGGAUUAUGAGGAAAAAGGUACCAUUACAUUGCCAUUGAUAAAUCCACUGUAUUGGUUAUUACCGAUUGAACAGCAACCAGAUCCUUAUCUGAAUUUAUUGCCGCAUUUUACAGAAGAUAAUAAGUAUGCAUUAGGAAUGAAACCGCUUGUAGAUGUAUUCAAGUUGAAGGAAAUAACGUCUUUGAUUGGACGUGAUAUUAAAUUGUCUCGUUUUCCUAACAGAGGUGCUUUAUUAGUCUGGACUUUAUUCGAACUCAUGAAUGUUAAAAAAGUUAGAAUGGAUGCCGAGCUUUAUGAAUUGGUUAAGAUGUAUUGGAAAGCAAUCCAACAACCGACAUUUACUAUCAAAAUACCACGAGAUACUAUUUUAGGUGAAACGCGUGAAAGAUACGGCAAUUGGGCAGUUGACUUAAUUGGAUUAAUGGAAGCGUUACCUAAGCCCACAGAUAAUCAGCAAGAAAAUUUGUGGAUUGCUUUACGGAAUUAUUUAUCUCGUAGUAAUUUACUAGAGGAGCUUAAUAUUUUGUUGCCACGCUUGACUACCACUCGGGGACGAUUUCUGCAUAAUAUUAUUAUUCGGUCAUUGAUGAAUAAUAAUAAUAGGAUUAAAAUAGAACAUAACACUAAAUCGGCAUUAUUGUUUUAUAGGGAUAAAGUAAUGUUUGAUGGAGAGGGCGCUAAACAUGUCGGAUGGAUUUGGAGUCAAAAAUUCACGGCUGAUAUGCUUAUUGGUGACUACAGUGACAAUGACGUACAUGUUGGCAAAUUGAUAGAACAGCAUUUGCCGUAUUAUAAACUGACAAGAGAUAAACAGAAGGCUUAUAAUAAUUUAGUUGAAUAUUUGUAUAUGAAUCCCCAUAUGCUGGAUUUAAAAGAUGACUUUAUGAUUAAUAAAUAUAAUACUACCGGUAUGUUCAUUCGCGGAGUGUUGGAAUAUAUUUAUGAAAAAUCAGGUUUGAACCCUAGGAUUCAAAAAGAUAUUCUGAUGCUGAUCCCUGAAGUAAUUGUUAAUGGUAGAGAACAAUAAAAAAAUUUAUAAAUU